AUGGUAGGUUCUUUUCGCCCUGGCAUUUUCAAUAUUAUGUAUAGAAUUUAAACCGCAAAUCCUUUUGUAGCGGCUUGUAAGAGUAGUGUUUGCUUGUUAGGGUUACGGUAAACAAUUUUUUACAGUUUGAACGGUACUUUACUGUAUACUUUUGGACUUUUUGAGAUCAAGUUUUUUUUUAAAUUAUUUCUGAUUAAAAAAUAUGACUAAAAGGAUAAUUUCAGGCCGAAGAUAUUGAAGAGAUUCUUUCUGAGAUCGAUGGAUCCCAAAUGGAGGGUAUGUAUUUUAACUUCAUUUUGAUCCAAACAUUUCAAAAAAUUGAAUAUUUUUACCAAAGAUAUUAUGUGCAAUAUAAUUGAUAUCUUUGCAGAGUACCAACGCUUCUUCGACAUGUUCGACCGCGGAAAACAAGGCUACAUCAUGGCCACGCAGAUCGGCCAGAUCAUGCACGGCAUGGAGCAGGACUUCGACGAGAAAACGCUCCGCAAACUGAUCCGCAAAUUCGACGCCGACGGCUCCGGAAAGCUGGAAUUCGACGAGUUCUGCGCCCUCGUCUACACUGUCGCCAACACCGUGGACAAAGAGACUUUGGAGAAGGAGUUGCGAGAAGCCUUCAGGCUGUUCGACAAAGAAGGAAACGGCUACAUUUCCCGACCCACCCUCAAGGCCCUGUUGAAAGAGAUCGCCGAUGAUCUGACUGAUGCUCAGCUCGAGAGUGCUGUCGAUGAAAUCGAUGAGGAUGGAUCUGGAAAGAUUGAAUUCGAAGGUAAUUUUUACUUCAAUUAUACUCCCCGUACAAUGUUUUGACCCCCCUCGUAACUCGGUCCAAGGUGUACUAAUUCGGACCAAAUUUGGUAUGUAGUAUACUCACAGGCUAGUAACAAAAAAUAACAUAGCUAGACCUACCUUAUAGUUGAAUUUCAAAAGCUAGGGGCAAUUUUCAAAAAUCACCUUAAAAAAUCGAGGAAAAAGUUUUGACCCCCCUUAAAAAAAAGUUAGAUAUCGCCAGCGGAUGCCACGCAAACUUAUUGUAAUCGACGUCCCAUACCUGAAUACAGGUUAAUAUAUGGUUUUCCGUUGAAUUGUUCGUUGCAUUUAAGGAUUCAACGCGUUAAACCGUUUUUGAUGUAGACCUGCCCAAAAUUGUAAAAAUCUUGCCCUAGCGCUUUUCUAGAGCUCUAAAUUGGGUUUAUAUUAUGUGCUUUAGACCUGUAUUUACCUUCUCCUUUCAAUAAAAGUGCAUGGUGGCCUGGCGGUGUAGAUUCGGCAGAUACCCUCUGGUCAUGCCCAGCCUUGGUGAGCCAUUUGCUCUUUGACUCAAGGUCGAGAUGCGGUCGUUAGGUCCUCAGUGUAAUCCUGAGACCCCUAUUUACUCUCAAGCAAAGAAUAAACUCCCGCUGACACGGUCUCAUAUGGUUUGCAGGCACAACUUCGCCGAUCUGCACCUUGACGAAAAACCCGCAUUUUUCAAAUGGAUUUUUAGCCACCAAAGACGGCUUUCAUUUGAUGGACCAGGUAAUUUAAGACGCUACAGCACCCACCAUACUCAUUUGAGACGUAUGAAACGCCAAAUGGGAGGUGGGGAUGUAAUAGUACUCGGGGUCAUCUACAGUAACGGCAAACUUAAGAUUAAGGUGAAUGAAACCCAUUGCAAAACGUGUCAAAUCAAAACAUUUUACAUUGCUGAGAGUAGCUAGGAGUCUCAGGAUUACAUUGAGGACCUAACGACCACAUCUCGACAUUGAGUCAAAGAGCAAAUGGCUCACCAAGGCUGGGCAUGACAAGAGGGUAUCUGCCGAAUCUACACCGCCAGGCCACCAUGCACUUUUAUUGAAAGGAGAAGGGAAAUACAGGUCUAAAGCACAUAAUAUAAGCCCAAUUUAGAGCUCUAGAAAAGCGCUAGGGCAAGAUUUUUACAAUUUUGGGCAGCUCUACAUCAAAAACGGUUUAACGCGUUGAAUCCUUAAAUGCAACGAACAAUUCAACGGAAAACCAUAUAUUAACCUGUAUUCAGGUAUGGGACGUCGAUUACAAUAAGUUUGCGUGGCAUCCGCUGGCGAUAUCUAACUUUUUUUUAAGGGGGGUCAAAACUUUUUCCUCGAUUUUUUAAGGUGAUUUUUGAAAAUUGCCCCUAGCUUUUGAAAUUCAACUAUAAGGUAGGUCCAGCUCUGUUAUUUUUUGUUACUAGCCUGUGAGUAUACUACAUACCAAAUUUGGUCCGAAUUAGUACACUUUGGACGGAGUUAGGAGGGGGGUCAAAACAUUGUACGGGGAGUAUAUAAGUUUCCGUUUCUAAAUACAGUAAUCCAAUUUUAUGGCUUGAAAUAAUAUUUUUUGGAAAAAUUCUUUCGCUGUUUUUGGAAAAAAUGACGUGUAAUGUCCUGAGAUACUGUAAUAUGCCCUUAGGAAUUUUGAGUUUUGAAUUUCACCUACAGAACUCCUCUCUUGUUUACUUAUAAUCUUAUUUCCGAAUUCUUUUUCUAAAUCUUUCGUUACGUAAUAUACCUCAGUUUUUUUGACCUACUCUCCUUGAUCCAGAUCACUCAAAUCUCUCUUAAUUUCAGAAUUCUGGGAGCUGAUGGCUGGCGAGUCCGACUGA